AUGGCUGGUGUGGAAGAUGUGGCUGCCGAUCGAUUCGAUCGUCCUUUCGGCAUCACAUUGGAUUCAUCAAAUGCACUUUAUAUAUCCGAUCAAAAUAAUAAUAGAGUUCAGAAAUGGUUAGCCGAUGCGUCAACGGGUACGACAGUGGCGGGUCAAGCAAGUGCAGUAGGUGGAACGGCUUCAAAUAGCUUAGAUACGCCUAGCGGCGUUCUACUCGAUUCAAGUGGCAACAUCUAUGUGGCCGAUACCAACAACUUUCGAAUUCAAUACUGGUCUUCGGGUGCAUCUUCGGGCACGACGAUAGCCGGCAUCACAGGUUCUGCUAGCUCAGGAAACAAUGAACUAAUGAAUCCAUAUGGUAUUGCACGAGAUCCAAGUUCAGGCACGUUGUACAUAGCAGAUCAGAGCAAUCAUCGAAUGAUGAGCUAUUUAGCAGGUGCCUCAUCAGGAACUGUAGCAGCUGGGGGCAAUGGUCUAGGAACAAGCAAAACACAGCUUAACUAUCCAGUAGGCGUCUACUUCUGUGAAAAUCAAUCUGCUAAAAAAAAAUGUAAAGUAAAUGUGCCACCUCUGGUGAGCCGAUAUGGUAUUUUACAAAAGUAA